ACAUCUGGAAGGGAAGGACCAGAGAAGAGGACGCCGAGGAAACAGCCUGAUUCCUGCAGGGCGGCAGGAGGGGGGCGAAACCGGUAACCCUGGGUUGGAGAUAAUGGACACCGCACGCCUCCAUUCCCGGUCUUUAGGUCCGUUGGUGCAGCAGAUUUCAAGGCUAAGAGAGGAAGAUUGCUUCUGAUCCCUGCAGGAAGAAGAAGCAGGAAAAAAUCUCAACAUGGAAAAUGUCCCCCAGGAAAGCAAAGGAGGGGGGCAGGCCCCAGUGCAGAAUGAAGAAGAAGCCCGCCCUUUGGGAGGUGGUCAAGGCCAGGAGCCUGGAGGAAAUAUUAGAGGGAGUUGGGCUCCACCUGCCCAGGAUUUUAGAGAGGAUAUUCCCAACAGGCUUGUCAAUAACAUUGACAUGAUAGAUGGAGAUGCAGAUGAUAUGGAAAGGUUCAUGGAGGAGAUGAGAGAGCUAAGGAGGAAAAUUACGGAGCUUCAACUGAGGUACAGUCUGCGCAUUCUUAUAGGAGAUCCCCCUCACCAUGACCAUCAUGAUGAGUUUUGCCUUAUGCCUUGAAUGCUGAGGUUAAUAGUUAUAAACCCUCUGCUUCCCAAACUUGCAUUUUCUUGGUGUACUCUUUAUCGUGAACCUUUGGUGUUGUGUCACUUUUCUGAUUGGAGAUUUCAUUUUGACUUAGUCUGUAGGUUUUUCUGUCAGCAGGGGAGUUUCAUGAACUUGCAUGGAAAGAUGUUUAUUAUAUAUUGUAAAGUUAAUA